AAUAGAACGAAAUCGUUUGAAAAACAUUGGUAAAUCAGCUAAUCAACGAUAAAGGACUCUGUAAAUGAUAACAAAAAUAUGACGUCAUUAAUCAUCGUUGGACCAAUGAAAAAUCGACAAAUAAUAUUUUCAAUGGCAAAUUGACAAGUGCUGGGGCUCCCUAUUUUACGGAGUAUUUAUUUACUUAGUAAAAGCAUUUUAAUUUGUUCAGUAUUCUUCCGGCAAUGAGACUGAUUACAUAAAAAAGUUUGCGAAGUGGUUGCAUCAGCCAAGUGUUUAGUUUUGUGUGUAUUUUUUCGUUUCGUUUUAUCUUUUUGGUGUAUUUAUUUAGAGGUGUGAUUCACUGGUCUAAUCACGAGUGUUUCUUUGGCGACUAUUGAAUGAUUUCAAAAUGAUACCGGAUAACGUGACGCUGAUUGUGAAGGCUCCUAAUCAGCAAGUGGAGGAUCAAAACGUCGAGUGCCAGUCGUCGUGGACGGUGCGACAACUGAAAGGGCAUCUUUCAGAGGUGUACCCUAGCAAACCGAGGACAGAGGAACAGAAAAUCAUAUACUCUGGACAGUUAUUAGAUGACAACAUAAUACUGAAAGAUGUUCUGAGGACAUACGAAAGUCAGAUUGCACAUACUAUGCACUUGGUCUGCACUCCGACAAGGAAGAUGCCUGAGCCUACACCAACCGAGGUCCCCAGCACAGACGGACUGAGACAACGUAACGUUACCACAACGGUAACAGCCACAGCAACACCGGCAGAGCCUACAAGGCCGGAGAUGAGGCAGAACGACCAGAAUCAUAAUGUAGAAAUGCAAAACUAUUUGACGUCGUUUGCCAACAACUAUGGAAGGGUGCCUCCAUAUCCGAAUUACAAUUUUCGAGAAGGUUACCUACCAGUGCCGAAUGACCCAGCACUUAUGGCCAACCAUAUUAUGAUGAUGCAGCAAGCGUACCUGCAAUAUAUGCAACAGUAUGCUAACAUGUGGCAAGCCACGGCAACGGCGCCGGCCGCGCCCGCGCCGCCGGCGGAGGCGCCUCCACAGGUGCCCCCGCCGGCGCCUCCCGCCGACGAAGAAGAUGGAAUGGGCCACGAUUGGCUGGAUCACAUGUACGCGGCCUCGCGCUUGGGAAUACUGUUCUCGCUGGUGUAUCUGUACGGCAGCCCGGCCAGGUUGCUGCUAGUCGUGUUGCUGGCUAUGGCUGGUUACCUACACCACGUGGGCUUCUUCCGCGAGCUCCAUCUCCAACCGCCCAACGAAGGGAACCGUCGCAACGAGGAAGCCAACGCCCCGGAGAGGCCCCAGAACCCCAACGCCCCGCCGCCCGCCGGCGACGACGCCCCGCCGGCGCCCGACGCCCCGCCGCCUCCCACAAACAACGACAACCAGUCCCUACUAGCGGUAACGUGGAUGAUAGUCACCUCAUUCUUUGCGUCGCUCAUACCAGACGCUAACUAAUGUGAUAUUUACGAUAACUCAAUAUUUAGAUUGAUACAAAGUCGAGCAUGGGACCGCCGAUACGAUUUUGAGAUCGUCAAGGCUAUAUUUAGUGACGAUAACAACCUAUUUGAGGUCACUAUUCGUUUUCGGCAGUGUAGACUAAACGAGGAUAACGCUAAAAUCGUGACUAUUAUAACAAGAUAGUAGUGUACUAAAAUUUUCUAGUAAAUUAUAAAAAGAUCUAGGUACUCCAAAUGAACUCUUAAGUGUUUUAAACCAUUUACAAUUAAAAUUACAAUAUAUUUUAGUGAGAUACUCCAGAUAUAGUAUAUUUAAUUUAAAUGUUCAAAUUUUUACAUUAGCAAAAAUAUGGAUGUAUUUUAACAUUAAGGUCGCAUAAUCAAUUGGUAAAUAAUUAUAUUUGUUGACCUACAUCUAGUUCUUAUCUGGCUAUGACUGUAUAAAAUAUGGUAAAUCCGACCACAUUAGUGAAAAAUGGUUUAAUUAAACCUAAAAGAAUUUUUACUACUUUCUUGCCUAUAAUAUGUUAACUAUGUAAGAGCAGCCGAGUACAGAUUAACUAGCAAAAUCGGCGCAUUUCGUGCCAUGUGGUUGCUUACUAGUGUGUUUGAGUAAAAUUCCCCAUCUCUCAUGUACAAAAUACCUACGGCUACCUAGUUACUUGAAAAUGGAGUCGCAAAGUUUGAUAUUAAUAAUGCAAUUAAUUCAUUAAUAUCAAAGGUGAAUGUUUGUUUCAAACUAGAAAAUAGAAUGCGGAUGUUAUUUUUAUUUUGCUAUGAUUGGUUUAGAAAUAAAAUUGUGUGUCUUAUGAGCAUAGAAAAUUUUGCUCUUGCAAUAACUUGUUUAAAAACCUCACACACCAAUAUGAAGUACAUAUACAUAAGUUUGGUGAAAUUUUAUAAAAAUUUAAGUGUUUUAUUACUUUGUUUUUCCUAGUAAGUAUUAUGUUUUUGUGUAGAAUAUUACCCGGCUAUUGUAACACAUUAUGCUCCUGGUUAUCCAAUAAGGCUUUCAAGUUUCAUGUGAUGCUACAUUGUAGGGAACAACGACGUUAUAAUUAUAAUGUCAUCUACAUUAUGAUGUUUUUGCUUCACAAUUAAUUCCUAUGAGAAACCAGGAGCUAGUGUUGUAGUUAUAAAAAUUGUGGUGUUAGCAUCUUAUAGUGGUUGAUUUUUGUCACGAUAUUUUAAAAUUUAACCAGUUGAGAUAGGGUUUAAAACAAUUGAAAGAUAAUGUUGUUUAUAAUGGUUAAAGGGUUUAACAAUCUGUAUGUUUAUUGAAAAUUGUAAAUAUAAAAACAUGGUGGAAUAAGUCCGGUCAGUUUAGUUGACUAAACGAGGGAGAAAUUGAUUUUAAUGGAACCUAAAAUAGCCUUUCUUCAUACCAGUUGGUUUCUCAAGUUAUUUUUAUAAUUUGAAUAUUAUGGGUAGCUCAGAUUCCAAACGAUGCUAAAAGCUGGGCAGGCUACGAAUUCUGGCUAUUUAUACAAAGCCUUUGGCAUUGAUUUGUUUUAAAAUUUUCGUUGUACUGACGUAAAACCAAAAACUAAUUGUACAUAUUUAUUCUUUAUAGUUUUAGGAUUUAAAAUAAUAAAUUAGUGCUAUUCUAUGUGGCUAUGUAAAAUGCUAUCAGUGUGAUCAUUAUAUUAUAAUUAUGAUCAUUUAGUUAAAGUAAUUGAUAAAUAUGAAGUUUUUGAACGGCUCUUACGAAUUAACUAACUAGUUCCGAAUCACAGUGAUCAAAUGUUGCCUUUUCUUAAAUUAAUAAGAAUUUGAGUUGUCACUAUGGCUCAAGGCUACACCAAUAAAUAAAAAAGAAGUCAAUGAAAAAUUGAAUAAUUUUUCUUAUCACCGGGCAAACUAAACUCCACCGUCCACGGUCUCUUUAAACACUCGACAUUGGCGAAACCAGUGUGCUUCAAAUACGCAUCAUUUAAGCCAUUAAUAAAGGAUAGAAAUAAAUUGAUACAGUCCGAUGAUUACAACAUCUUACAAACCAGACAAGUAGUACGCGUGUUGUUUGUAAUAUCAAAUGUGUAAUUUGAAACCAGAUACUUGUUUAAAUAUUAACGAACCACGCCUCUGUUUCGGUUAUUAUCCGGUCAAGAAACAUUUCACUGCUCAGUGUGUAUGCCAGUGGAUUUCGUAAAUAUUUGUAACUUUUCACCCAGAAAUGACAUAAGUACCUACACAAAAAUUGAAUCUUUAAGUAUAAUGUGUACUGUAAUGCCAGUUACCAGAUUUGAAUUUGAUGUAAUGCAGAACAUGUUUCUACCUUGGUUUCCUAAAACUAUUUUGAUUUAUUGUUUUGUUUAUACAAAUACCACAUAGAGCUAAACACCGUGGCAUCUUAUGCAGUCGUAAUACGUGCUAUUUGCAACAAAUUGUGUAGUCUGAUGUGCUGUCGAUUGUAAAUAGGACUUGAGCUCGAUUCAAAAUAGACCAUUGAAACCUUCGAUCAACAAUACCAACUAGAUAUCGGGUCAGCGCAAAAAUGUUGUCUCGGGAAUAAGUGCGCACUUGAGGAGUGAGUUAAUGUAUUGAUUUGUAAUUACAUAAUCUCUAUUUUCGUCUGGCUUCAAUUUAAUUUAAUAUUUUAUAUUCUUUAAAAUCAUAUGCCCAAAUGGCUAUGGUGUACAUACACUCCGCUAACAGUGAGUUGGCGUUGAUUAAAUAAGAGCUUACUCGUGGCUUACUUCUCAAAUGCGCUGUUAUUUCGUACGGAACGUAGUUUUUGCGCUGACCCGAUAUCUAAUUAUUUGUAUUGUUGAUCGAAGAUUGAGACCAUUGAGAAUAUGAAUAUCUCAGCCUUAAGUUUAAAUAGAUCAUACUGAAGUGUCAUUUCAUAAAUGGGCCUACUAAACUAUUGAGUUUUGAAGUCAAGUAGUGUGUAUUUUAAAAAUGUAACUUCUUAUUUUAAUUGUAUAGAGCCUUACUCAGCUUGAUAUUUUAAACAAAUUGUUUGCUUUACUAUAAGAAUUCUUGCCUUCUUUUAUUAUUUUGGUCGAUUUAUAAAUUGACGAACGUUAAUACAAAGAUUACCUGCAUUUUGAU